AUGGGGACGAAGACGCGAAGCAUCACGGCGCCGGGGGUGAUCGAGCUCGGGGACGAGAACAACGACGCGGUGGUUUGGAAGAGACUCGGACAAGAAGGCGUCGAUAAGGCGGUCGAGUUGUGGAGUUCGGUGAACAGUGAGGCGGCGGCGGCGGCAAAAGGGGCGUGGGCCGGCGUGAAGCCCGCGCACAAGGUUUUCCUUUCGGAUAUUUUGGCGAGUCCGAAGCGCAACGCGUUUUUGAGAAAGUGGAUUCCGACGGAUAUCACGUACGUCAGUUUCAUCGGAGUCAUGCACCUCGGGUGCCUGCUCGCGCCGUUUACUUUCACCUGGGGAGCGUUCAAGUGCUUCUUGGCGAUGUAUUUCAUCACUGGUUGCCUCGGUAUCACGCUGAGCUAUCACAGGCAGAUUGCGCACAAGUCGUUCCGCACGCCCAAGUGGCUCGAGUACGCGCUCGCGUACUGCGGUGCGUUGGCCAUGCAAGGUGACCCGUUGGAGUGGGCGUCGAGCCACCGUUACCACCACCAGCACUGCGACACGCCCAAAGACCCGCACACGCCGUACGAAGGCUUCUGGUGGUCGCACGCCGGAUGGUUGUUGGAUAACGAGGCGACCAUCGAGCGCGUGGGGGAUCGCUCGAACGCCCAAGAGCUCGCGGCGCAGCCGUUCUACCGCUUCAUGGAGAAGACGUACAUCUGGCAUAUCGCCGCGUCCGCCGCUGUGUUGUUCGCCCUCGGCGGUUUGCCGUGGCUCGUUUGGGGUUUCUGCGUGCGCACCGUGUGGGUGUGGCACAUCACUUGGGCGGUGAACUCGGUGGCGCACUGCUGGGGUUCGCAAGAGUUCAACACGGGUGAUUUGUCUCGCAACAAUUGGCUCAUAGGUAUCUUGGCGUACGGUGAAGGCUGGCACAACAACCAUCACGCCUUCGAAUUUAGCGCUCGCCACGGAUUACGUUGGUGGCAAAUUGAUAUGACUUGGAUGGUCAUCAGCGUGUUGAAGUUCUUCCGCUUGGCGGAUAAGGUGAAACUCCCGAAGGAGGCGCAGAUGGAACGCAUGCGUUUCCAGCCAACCCAAGCCUAAGGAGUCAGCAAUGGAUACUACAAUAAAACGGUUUUAUUCACAGCCGCGACGACGACGCGCCGCUCGCUUCGUCGAUCGCUCGCCACCGACUUCAUUCUUCACUCCAGCAGUUUAAAAAGUAAAAAAAGUACAGGAGAUUUCCAGCAGCUGCUCUUCGCGACUCCGAGCGGAUGAAAGUUCCGCGCCUUAUUCUUACACGAGGAUCAUCGAU